UCCUUUUACAAAACAAGCAUUAUUUGCUAGCGUUAAUCACUUCAGAUCCCGAACACCGGCAGCUGAAUUCCGGUACGGUGAACAAACCCGUGCCACUCCGCUGCCCUUGGUAUCCCCUCGUUCAAAAACACCUGCACCGGUUCCCGGUGGACGACACGAAGCUGAAUCAACAACGAUGCAACCUAAUCGAGCACAGACUCUACAGAGAGUAAGAUUAUAA